GUCGGGGUCGUGUGCCGGCGACCGAGCGCAGGAUGGGCCGCCUCGACCCACGGAAAGCUCCGGUGAUUCCACUGGUGAGUGCCCUUGAGCUUGGCGAGGCACCUCUCCACCAUGAGGCCGACACCUGACUGGGUCAGCUCCAUGAUAGCCUCGGACUGGCGAGUCAGACCUAGUGGCACCUCCUCGAGAAUGACAUGUGCACUCGUCCCGCCGAACCCGAAGGAGCUGACGCCGCCGACCAUGCGGUCCUUGGCGGGCAGGCCAGAGACGAGCGGCACGGGCUCGGUGGGGAAGACCACUGGGAAGCCCUCGGUGUCGAUGUACGGGUUGAGUGAGUUGAAGUGGAGAUUGGGGGGCGCCUGCUUCAUCUGCAGCACGAGUACAGCCUUUAGCACCCCCGCAAUGCCCGCGGCUCCCUCCAGAUGUCCGAUGUUGGUCUUGAGGGCGCCCAGCAGGAGAGGGUGCUCCAAGUUCCGCCCGCCGGCGAACACGGCCUUGAUCGCACCCAUCUCGAUUGGAUCUCCAAGUGAGGUGCCCGAGCCGUGAGACUCCACGAAGUCGAUUGAUGAUGGCUGGAGGCCGGCCUGGUGCAGCGCCGACCUGAUGACCUGCUGCUGGGCUGGACCGCUUGGCACUGUCAGGCUGGCUGUCUUCCCUCCGUGGUUGACAGCUGUGCCUCUCAGACAGGCCAACACGCCGACCAGGUCGGGUGAUGCGUCCGAGAGUUGUUUGAGGAUGAUGGCAGCCCCACCCUCGCCCCUCACGUAGCCGUUGGCCUUGGCGUCAAACGUCUUGCAUCUGGCGUCUGGCGCCAUCAUGCGUGCCUUGCAGAACGCCAUCGUGACUUGUGGAUUGAGCAUCAGGUUGACGCCUCCCACCAGGGCACCGCGGCACACCCCCAUGCGCAUGUCCUUGACCGCCACGUCCAUGGCCACCAAUGAAGAUGAGCAUGCCGUGUCGAUGGUCAUGGAGGGGCCCUUGAGACCGAACACGUACGAGAUGCGGUUGGAGAGGAUUGAUGCGGCGACUCCGGUCGCGCUGUAGCUGCUCACGCUGAGGGCAGUCUGGUUGUAUACGUCGUACCAGUCAAAGGAGCAGCACCCGAUGAGCACGGCCAUGUCCUGGCCAAUGAGCUUCUCGCGGCUGAGGCCCGCGCUGUGGAAGGCCUCGUAGCCCACUUCAAGCAUCAACCGCUGCUGGGGGUCCAUGCAGUUGACCUCAGCGGGGCCGAUGUUGAAGAAGGCGUUGUCGAACAUCUCUGCAUCGUCGAUGAAGCCUCCCUCUCUGAUGUACAUCUUGCCAUCCAUGUCACGGUCGGCGUCAUAGACCUCGUCGAUGUUCCAGCGGGUCAGCGGCACCUCCACUAUCGCAUCAUGGCCGCUGCAAAGCAGCUCCCAGAAGGAUGCGGGGGUUGUCACCCCGCCGGGCAGCCGACACGCCGCCCCAGCGAUGGCGAUCGGCUCGUCUGCCCGGAUGCCGCUCGCGAGUGUGGCUUCCUUGGCGGGCUCCUCGGCGGCCUGGCCCUCGACCUCCCCGACAAGGAAGUCGAUGAUGUCAUUCAUAGUUGGCUGGUUGAAGACGAACGUCGGCUCGAGAGUCAUUGACAGCUCCCUUGACACGUCCUCGGCAAACUCCAGCGCCCUGAUGGAGUCGACACCCAGCUUGUGCAGGGGCGUGUCGAAGUCGCAUACGUCGGUGUCCAAUAUCUUGCCCGCCGACGCCAUCACUGCAGACUGGACCCUCCUCUGUGCGGCUGAAAGGCCCUUGCCCUUCCCCUCGCCGUGCCGUGCCGCCUUUUGUGUCGCAACGGGACCCGUGGGCGGCCUCCCUCGAGCAGCUGCGGACUCCUCCUUCUUGUCCGCAUCGGGUUCCCCCACGACCUCAUCCCAUAUGAGACCCGCCAGGUCCUUGUUGUCAAGAAGAAGCUCACGCGUCUUGGAGCGACGAACCUUGCCUGUUUGAUGAAUGUGACAAUAGAUGAAUGUGACAUUGUCUGUCGGCAUGUGUGUAUGUCACAUACAUGUACCUGCUGUUGUCUUUGGAAUGGUUCUUGGUCUGAGCAGCCAUAUGUGGAAGACGGGAAGUCCGAUCUUGACCGAGACGGCCUUGUAUAUCUCGCGGCUGAUCCCCUUGUACUCCGUGCUGGUGAACGCCUGCCGCAGCUGCGACAGCCGUCCCCACAUCCCCUCCUCCAUCUUGAUCUCGACCGCCAGGCCCAGCCGCUCCUGAUCAUCCACCUCCAGUGAGAACGCCGCCACGCACCCCUUGCGGACCGACUCGCAGCUCUCUGCGGCCUCCUCGAUGACCUGCGGGAAGUAGUUGCGGCCAUUGACGAUGAUCAUGUCCUCAAUGCGCCCAGCAAUGAAGAGCUCUCCCUUGUAGAAGAAGCCGAUGUCACCUGUCCGCAAGUACAAGGGCUCCGACUUGUCGCCUGUCAGGUAGAUGCACUGCCCGUGGAACGACUCCUGCGCCUCGUCGGGCUGGUUGAAAUAGCCGCGGGCCGUGCUGCCAGACAUGACCCACACCUCACCACAUUGGCCUUCCGGCAGCUCCUUCAUCGCCUCGGGGUCAACAAUGCGAACUGAACGGAGCAGGCGGUACAACUAUGCCUAUCUGGUGAUCGAUCUCGUCGGUCAGUGGUGUGUACCGUCUAUUCCAGAGAGGGGUACGCCACAUCCGACGAGCCGCCGGUACUCGCCCUCAUGACUGCCAUCCAUGUCAGCUUCAUCCACCAACUCAACCACACCCUGCCCACACGCACGCAGAUGUGUGCAGCGGAUGUCUGCUAUGUGUUUGUUCUUGUACUUGGUUUCUCAAUUUCUCGGCGUUGACAUUGAUGAUGAACGGCUCGCUGUCAAUGUCUUUGCGGCCCGACACGCACAGGGUGUUCUCGGCCAACCCAUACGCUGGCACAACCUUGCUGCGAGUCACACCCUUACUCGCGAAUUUCUGAAAUGGACAACAACACAGACCCAAACAAACAGCCAUCGUGUUCUCUUUCACUGAUCAUUGGCCGCCUACACCUACUCACGCGCACGUACGCACCUUGACGAAUCUAUCUAUGGUGGCCCCUCUGAUUGGCUCUGCCCCGCAGAGGAAGCCGGACACGUGACUGAGGUCCAGCUCCUCAAACACGCUGUCGGGCAUCUUGCGCGUCACCAACUCGAAGGCGAAAUUUGGGGCCGCACACGCGCCAGCCUUGUAUCGACUCAUGCCUAUUCCAUGAGAAUACAAGCACACACCAACACACCACAUAAGCAUCAGUCGGUGGUCGGCUCGGGGUUUGUGUAGGCACCUUGUAGCCACAGGUGCGGCUUCAUGACGAAGUCGAGCGGCGACAUCUGGAAAACUUCAAAUCCAAAAAAGAGGGGCGUGCAGAGGAAUCCGAUGAGCCCCAUGUCGUGGUAGACGGGCAGCCACGAGAAGCACCGCAUGCGGUGACCCCGCACCCGCUUGCUGAUCUCGUGACGCUGCAUCAUUAUCUCGCGCAUCCUACUGUAGGGCUGCCCCGUCGCUGUGAUGUUGGGGAUGGUGGGGUCCUCGAUCUUGCUGUCGCAGCCGUAGGCCGUGAUGCAGCAGUGGACGUUGUGCAGCAGCGAGCCGUGCGUCACCAUCACGCCCUUAGGCGUCGAUGUGGACCCCGACGUGAACUGCAGCAACGCGAUGUCGCUCAGGCCGAUGCACGGGGGGGUGUAGACGGUCUCGUGCUUGUCACCAUGCCUGUCGGCAGCCGUCCUCUUAAAUGCGUCGCUGGUGAGUAUCCACUCGAUAGAUCUCCACCUGGUGUCCUUGCUUAGCGUGCCCACGACCAGGGCUAUCUUUUGGUAGACGGUGUUAGUGAGCGAAUAGCGCACCUCAGCGUUCUCGGCGAUGUCGCAGAAGCGCGGCACAUCGAUGUUGGUGGUGUUGGGGGCGGGGGGAUACACGGGCACCGCAACGACGCCCGUGUAAAGGCAUGCGAGGAAGGCGAGAAUGAAGUCGGUGCCGGGCGGAUAGCACAGGAUCACCCGGUCACCCAGCUCCAAUCCCAGAUCCUCGGUGAGAUAGGCGCCGAGCCGCUGCACCUUCCUGAAGAGCUCCCCGUAUGUGAACACCUCGGCCGGCUCCCCAUAACCGUCAAGCCACGUGAUGGCAGCCGCGUCAGGUAUCUCCUUGGCCCACUUGGCGAGCGUCUUGCCGAAGGCCGAGUCGCCAUACAGCUGGUGCAGCUGUGAGAGAUCAUCAGGGAUGGGUCGGCGGGGGAUCUCCCAGUUGGAAAUGGCCAU